AUGAAACUGAUGAACUGCAGAAUAUUUGAAAAUCGUAUUUUGGAUGCAUCGAGUCAUUCUGAGUUAACUUUAAAGCAACAGACACAAUGGAUGGAAAAAUUAUUAAGACAUAAAUUCAGAUAUCAGAAAUAUCUACUCAAUGAUGAACAUUCCAACAUGAACAGAAGUGUGUCAAUAAACUCUAUCAGUAAUUUUACUUUACCCAAGGAAUUUGAGUGA